AUGCAAUUUCUGGUCAUAGUGUCAUCCGUUCUUGGGUGGACGUAUUUUGCACUAUGGAGCUUCUCCUUCUAUCCUCCGAUCUUGCUGAACAUCAAAUUGAAGUCUGUGGAAGGUAUCUCACUCGAUUUUCUCUACCUCAACACACUUGGGUACAUUUGCUACACGAUAUCAACAGUGCUCCUCUAUUACAAUCACACAAUUCGGGAGCAAUAUGCUGCACGUCAUUCUGAUCCUUCGGGUGUUAAACAUUACCCACUCGUCCGUCUCAACGACGUGUGGUUUGGCAUUCACGGUUGCUUCCUCACCCUCCUGACACUCAGUCAAGUGUACUUUUGGGGCUUUAGUCGAUCACCACUACAGCGGUUGUCCAAAUGGGGCCUAUCAUUGCUAAUCUUCGGUAUCGGAAUAUCACUCGGAACGGCGCUUCUUGUGUAUCUGUUCGGCAAUUCGGACCCCAGCAUUGGACUACAAUGGUUGGAUGUUACAUAUGUCACAGGAUCCGUCAAGGUUCUCAUGAGCACCAGUAAAUACUUCCCGCAACUUCUAUGGAACUUCCGACGUAAGUCCACGAAGGGAUGGUCAAUUGUUUCCAUUUUGUGUGAUUUCGGAGGAGGCAUUUUAUCGUUGGCACAGCUAAUCUUGGAUGGUUAUAUCAAUCACGAUUAUGAGGGUAUCUUCAAGAAUGUGCCAAAGCUUCUAUUAUCAUUGGUAAGUAUUGAUUUCUACCGAGACCUGCAGAGCUCUCUCAACUAA